GAGCCGAAGGAGAUGAAGGUGAAGACGCGGAGGGCGAGGGAGUCUCGGCUGGAGUCGGAUCAACCGACAGUGGCCCUCAAGCGCAAGGAGAAGAAGAAACCACACGAGGGGGAGAAGAAGAGGCGGAAGGAGAAGACUGCGGCGCGGCGGGAGGCAACGUCGCCGUCGAAGUCCUACCAGCCCAUGGGCCCGAAGCUGAAGGGGCGGAGGGCUGCACAGCAGGAGUCGGAACAGUCAGAGUCUUUCAAACCGAAGGUGAAGAAUGCCACGCAGCUGAGGUUGACGAUGGCGGGUCAGCCGGAGACCCCUCGUCGGCGGAGUCCUCUCAAGCACUGGGAGAAGAAGAGGAAGAAUAUGAAUACUCAGGAGAAGACCGCGCAACAUAAUUAUAGUAUGAAGCAGAUGAGGAGCGCCUCGAGGACGCGGUCGAGGGGCACCGAGCUCUCGCAAUCUGCCUCGAUCCCCAGGGACUCGCGGGGCCGGACCGCCAAUGGGAAGAGCAAACACGAGUACGCGAAAGAACAG